GAUAACGCAUUCGUCUCGCGACUAUCUGAGAAGUGAACGUGUUUUUAAUUCCAAUUUCAAACACAACCUCUUUUAAUGAAACUGGUGAUUUAUAAAAAGAAUAAAAUACAUUGUCAGUGGUUUGGCAGUUUGUGAUGAAUGACAGUGUUUUUGGCGGGAAGGCUGGAUUUUUAUAAUGUAAUUGGAGCUGAAUACAAAGAAAAUGCCGUUCAUAGACAUCGCAUUCCAAGCUGAGAUCAGCAGGUUUGAAGACUCGGAGUUCGAAGAGGUAGCUCGGAGGAACUGCGGAGAAGACCCCGACACGAGAAAGCAGGCUAUUGAGGAGCUUAGAAGCAUGAUACUAGAGCGGGGCAUAUGUAACCCAAGACGUAUGGACGAUGCCUAUUUACUACGGUUUCUACGAUGUCGGCGUUUCAUCCCCGCCCUGACACAUAAAUUGAUGGUUCGAUAUGAGGACUUCCGUAGAAAGAAUUCUUAUCUCUACGACUGCAAUGCGUUUGGACUGCAGAGCGUGAAAGAUGUGUACGGAGGCACACUACCCGAUAGUCCUGAUAAUGGCAGGAUCACGCUUAUGAGGUUCGGUAGGUGGAAUGUAGAAGAAGUCCCUAUAGUAGACGUAGUACGGUGUGCGUUACUAAUGGACGAGAUAGCGGCGAUGCAGCCUCGCCUGCAGAUCCUGGGAGUCACCAUCAUUGUGGAUCUGGAAGGCCUGGGGAUGAGGCACGUGCGCCCUCUCACAAGGACGGUAGCUGGACAGAUUGUAGCUUUAAUGGGGGUGUCAUUCCCAAUCCACAUCCACGGCGUCCACGUGAUCAACUACAACUGGAUCCUCAGUAGCUUCUUCAGCCUUUUCAAGCAGUUCAUUCCAGCAGCCGCGUGGGCUCGUCUCCACUUCCAUGGCAACGACAUGUCCUCCCUCCACAAGCACAUUGAUCCGGUGUACCUUCCGCAGGAGUACGGAGGGAGGUGCCAGCACGUCAUCAGUACAGAGGAGUGGCUCCGCAAGAUCAACAUGUACAAGGACGAGUUCAUGGUGCAGGAGCUGAGGGCGCUGGGGUUCACGGUGGACGAUACCAAAAGUGAUGGGUGGAGCGAUAUGUAGUUUUCGAUAAAUUAACAAAGAGAAUGAAUGUUUUUAAACAUUUAGAAGAAUGAAUUAAAUAAACAAUAGCUUUUGCCCGUGAAUUGGCACCCGGAUUUGGAGUAGUUUAAUAGAUGAUAUUAUACAUA